AUGAUCAUGCAGGAUAUACGCCUACGCCUGGAACCACAGCACAGUACAGCCACGUUCAUAUCCACCUCAUCCUCGGGCUCAUCGUCCUCAUCCCAAACAGCAGAGACCACGCUGAUUGAGGCAGCUGAGGAGCAGUCGCCUGCCAGUGAAGCAGCUGCUGGAGCAGUGACAACGACAUCGCCGCAGCAUUAUUUCCAUCAUCAUCAUCCGCCGGCGCAUCCGCAUCUGAAUCCGCAGAACCAUCCCCAACCCCAGCCACGCCAGCAGCCGCAUCCGCAUAGCCACUCGCAUCCGCAUCCGCAGCUCCAGCGUCGCCCGGUGGAGCAGCUGCAUCUGCUGCACAGCCACCACGAUGUCCAGGAGCUGUCCGGACAGGAGCAUCCACAUCCGCAUUCGAAUCCGCAAGCCGGCUCGCAUCCGCAUCCGCACCAUCUGCGCUCGCCCAGCUCCGAGGAGGAUAAUUCACCCACUGAAAUGAAUAAUUGCCGUCGUUUGGUGGAUAAGCCGCCGCUGGUGAAACGCCUGACCAUGGGCAUUGGCCUGCUGCGGGGCACCGAGGAUAGCCGCCCCCUGAUGCACAGCACCUGCGGCUCCUCCCUGACCUCCGGAUCCGGCUGCGGCUCCACCCAGACCAUCUCCGAUGGCUAUGUGAACGAGGCCAUCUGCGAGCCGGACAAGUACGUGGCCAGCAAGUUCGGCGACUCCUGCCGCCAGUCACUGUCCGCUCUGGAGAGUGCCACCCAGCGGCUGCAGGUGGAGCUGCCCGCCAGCAACAAGAAGUAUCUGAGGGAGACGUGCAGCGCCAACUCCAGUCCGAAACAGUUUCCCGGCCAUGGUUCCCUGCGCCUGGAUAAUCUCAGCUUAUCGGAGCAGCAGGAGCUUAAGGGAGCCGCCUGGUUUCAGGCGGGCAUUCCCCGGGAAAUAUCACUGGAGGUGCUAUCCCGACAGAGUCCAGGUGCGUUUCUAGUGCGCCAGAGCAGCACAAAGCCGGGCUGCUUCGCCCUCUCGCUGCGAGUGCCACCUCCCUCACCACGAGUGGCCCACUAUCUGAUCCUGCGGACGCAAAGGGGCUACAAGAUUAAGGGUUUCACCAAGGAGUUCAGCUCGCUGAAGGCGCUGAUCACGCACCACUCGGUGAUGCCGGAACUGCUGCCCGUGCCGCUGACCCUGCCACGCCCCCCCAGCAGCCGAUCGCAGCGGUCGCAGGGCGCCUAUGGCGGCGGAACCGGAAACGGGGGCGCGGACUUCGAGAUGUACGGCUCGUUGAACGACUUUCGCAAAAUGAUGUCCGAUUUGAAUGUGUGACCGCUGGGCGCGCUUAAUUAAUUAAGUAAUUAUGUCACGUUGAUUGAAUUAAGCUGCCCGGCUUGUCACAUUGUCCAGUGUCCAGUGUCCUGUGUCCAGUGUCCUGUGUCGCGACAGGAUAACAAUCUGUUUAAUUUGCGUAAUUGGCUGUGCUGACGACGGUUGACGUGGCUACCAAUAAAUAGGGUCCAUGUCCAUGUGUACUCUGCAAUGGCCGGCGAAGGCCCACCUGUCCGGCAGUUGCUGCAAAAAGUGCACAAAAUUUUUUAUUAAAAUUGAUAAUAAAAUCAGCUACGU